AUGCCGUUUCCAACAGAGAUCUUGGUUCCGCCCAAGAUCUGGUCUACCAAAGACGGCCUGUCGUCAGCCACCGUGUCCCCAGUGCCCCCGGUGCCGCAUCCGCAAGAUCAAGCGCCGAAAACAAACGAGCACCGCGUCGUUGAAAAUACCGACGUGGACAGCCGCUAUCAGACGGACGAUGACGAUACUCAGAAAGGUGUCGAGGAGGCAGAAGCUAGCCUCCAAGUUUGGAGUCCCUCUCACAUCUACCUCGCAUGGGGCUUCAUCUGGCUUGUGUAUUUCGUAGACUCGAUGCAUUCUUCAAUGGGCUUCAGUCUCACCGCAUACGUCACGAGUUCAUUUUCCAAGCACGGCCUUACAGCCACCACUGGCGUUUUUUCGCAGCUGAUUGGUGCGCUGAUCAAGCUGCCGCUGGCCAAGAUCCUCGACAUUUGGGGCCGUCCUCAGGGCGUGGCGCUGACUGUGUUCUUCAUGGUCAUCGGUCUGAUCAUGAUGGCGGCAUGCCAGAAUGUCGAGACGUAUGCAGCCGCACAGGUCUUCUACUGGGUUGGCUUCAACGGCAUAGGGUACAGCUUGCAAGUCUUCACCGCCGACACUUCAGCGCUCAAGAAUCGCGCCUUUGUCUUUGCCUUUAUCAACACGCCCUUUAUCAUUUCAACACCAACUAGCGGCUACGCAGCAGACGGGUUCCUCAACCUCGGCCCGCAAGGUUGGCGAUGGGCCUUUGGUGCUUUCAGCAUCAUUGUCCCCGUUGUCGUAUCGCCCAUCUUCUUCUUGUUUCUAUACAACCACCGCAAGGCCAAGAGAAUUGGAGUGCUGCCCCCGAGGCAGCCUAGCGGACGCACUCUGCUGCAAUCCCUCAAAUACUAUACCAUUCAGUUUGAUGUCGUCGGGAUUCUACUCGCCUUGGCCGGCAUGGCGCUAUUCUUGAUCCCGUUUAACAUUUACUCUUACCAGAAAGAGGGAUGGCGCUCUCCAAUGAUCAUAUGCAUGCUCGUCUUUGGCGUCGUGAUCCUGGUCUUGUUUGCUCUUUACGAAAAGUUCCUUGCUCCUGUCAAGUUCAUUCCGUUUGAGCUCCUUGUGGACCGCACUAUUAUAGGCGCAUGCUUGACAGUCUCCCUCUCCUUCAUCUCCUUCUAUAUCUGGUCAGCCUUUUUCUCCUCGUUCCUGCAGGUCGUCACCGGGGCAUCCAUUGUGCAGGCCACAUGGGUAGGCCGCAUCUACAACCUUGGGAGCUGUUUUUGGGGACUGAUUGUCGGUGUGCUCAUUCGCUGGACCGGACGCUUCAAGUGGCUCUCGUUUUACUUUGGUGCGCCUUUGCAGAUCCUCGGCGUUGGUCUCAUGAUCUACUUCCGGCAACCCGGCCGAUCUCUUGGGUAUAUCGUCAUGGCGCAGGUCUUCAUCUCCAUUGCAGGCGGAACUCUGGUCAUUUGUGAGCAGAUUGCCAUCAUGGCCGCUGUUGCUCACAAGCAUGUCGCUGUUGCCCUGGCACUGCUUGCCAUGUUCUCUUCGAUUGGCGGCGCCAUUGGCAGCACCGUCUCUGCGGCCAUCUGGACCGGUGUCUUUCCACAAAAGCUCGAGGAAUAUCUUCCGGAAGAGGCAAAACAGAAUGCCACCAUGAUCAUUGCGAGCUUGCCUGUUCAGCUGUCGUAUCCUGUCGGAUCUGCGGUCAGGGUGGCUAUUGAGAAGGCGUAUGGUGAUGCGCAGAGAAUUAUGAUGAUUUCCGCGACUUGCAUCUUGAUCGGUACCAUCUUUACAGUUGCCAUGUGGCGCGAUUUGAAGGUCAAGGACUUUGAGCACAGGCCUGCUGUCAGAAGAUGA